AUGUGCCCGCCCUUCGGGAUGAUGCCACCCAUCAUGCCCAAGCAGGGUGUGGGCAUGCCGCGAGGCGCGCCGGUCAUGUUCCCGUUCAUGGACCCUGCAAUGUAUCAGAACAUGAUGAAGAGCAUGGCAGCCAAGGCUGCAGGGAAACCAGGUGAGGAAUUAGACAUGAAAGCCCUCAUGGCCACUUUGCCACCGGCGGGCAAAAUGCCUUUCCCUUUGCCCAAAAACAUGCCCGUCAUGGCUAUGCCACCACCUGGCAUGAUGUUCCCAGGCCCUUUCAUGGGCAUGCCCAAAAAAGCGGGCUUCCCUGGUGUUAUGCCGUUCGUGCCGGACCCGGCCUUCAGCCCGAAGGCCUCCGGUUCCACGCCGGUCAGAUCCCAGCAAACCGAUUCCACCCCUGGCCACACCCAGGCAGACAGCGACAGGCGUCACCAUUCGUCUGCUGCGUUCAAAUAUCUCAACCUAUCGCAAAUUUCGCGUGGUGGGAGGACCAAGCGCUCCCGUGCUAGUGUGGAGGAGGGGUCCGAAAAUAUAAGCGUGAUUUCGGACGAGGACUAUAGAAACGGUGACGAUGGUCCCAAAGACGCCUUGGAUGGCGACUCCAGCGAGGGCAACACGCCCGCAAAUAUCGCAUUCGUGAAUUCGUUCGUGCCAUCUCCCCCAGAGCGGUAUCGCAGGGACUACCAGUUGCAUGAGGUCAAGAUGUUUUCGGCGCUCGGGAUCAGGGCGCAGGCCAAGGCAAAAAACCUUUCGCCAGAAGUGAGGGCGAGUUUCGAGUCGGGGCCCGUGAAGAAUGGGAAGCUUGUGCUGUUGCUAGACCUGGACAACACGCUGCUACAUGCGUGCUCGCAGUCUAAGAUGGACAUGCUGGAUAUACAACUCUCGCAUUUUGUGGAUGAGCUGGGUGAACCGGAGUUAUACAAGUUCACCAUGCCGAAUUUCGCCAAUGUCAGAUACUACAUGAAGCUGAGGCCGGCGCUCAGAGGGUUCCUACAGGUGUUAUCACUCUACUAUGAGAUGUCAAUCUACACAAACGCCACGAAGGAAUACGCCGAUGUCGUCGUCUCCAUUCUCGACCCUGACAGGUCGCUCUUCAUGGAUCGCAUUGUGGCAAGGACCAGCGUAGGAGAAAGGGACCUGCAGAAAACCGCCGCCAGGCUGUACCCAGGUUUGGAUACGAGGUUUGUUGUUGCGUUCGAUGACAGGACGGACGUCUGGGCGGAUGUGCCCUACAACCAGGUCGUGAAGGCCGAACACUACGACUUCUUCGACUCGCACAUCGCAGAGCUAAGCGACUCGUACGGAAUUGUGAGCACAAACGCGGAGAGCACUUACUACACGGAUAGCGACAGGCACCUGGAGUACAUGGUUAAGGUUUUCCUCGAGCUGCACCGGAGAUUUUUCAACGACCCCUUCGAGGCGAGUGUUGGACACAUUCUAGAGGACAUGCAAAGAUCGGUCUUGGAAGGAGUGGGUAUAAUGCUCACCGGAUACAGGAAGAACUCCAAGGGACAAGGACAGGUUCUGCAAGCGGACUGUGAGCAGAAGCAGCGGGAAAUUGCGACUCAGCUGGGAGCAAAGGUGUGCACCAAGCUGUCGGAUAAGAAACUGACACAUGUAGUGGCGGGCAAAAAUUGCACGGACAAUAUCAUCAAAAGCAAGGACCCCUGCUAUUCACAUGUGCACAAAGUCCACACCCUCUGGCUCUACAGCUGCAGGGCAACCUGGACCAACGUGCCACCAGAUAACUUCAAUGUGGACGAGAUAUGCGACGCGUAUUCCAACGAACCGCCAUCGCAGCCCUGCAAGGAUCACUGGAAGCUCAUUCAAAGUGAGACCACCACUUCAGCCAAACGACCCGUAGCGGACACCGCACCAGAAGACCAACUGCCAACAAGAAUAUUCAUGGGUACCGGAUCAUACAGCCACGGUACCGAACUCAUAUCACCAACGGAGCGCGUCGUUAUCCGUUGGGACCCGGCAAAAACGAAGUUGCUUCAGAACAACGCCACCGACCCCAUCGAGCAGAAGAACAUCAAGCAAAUUGUGCUCGAAAACGCACCGUAUACGAACAGUGUGAAUCCUGAGCGUUACGCGUAG